UUGCCGGCUCCGCCGAACCCAUGAACACGCUUACCGUGCUCGACCUUCCCACUUCGACUCCACCAAGCCAAGCGGAAACGAACUCUGCUUCGCCCGGUCCGUCGCUCGCCAUUCACCACCCCCACCCCCGCCGCGAAGACGACCAGAAUCCCAGGAGCGAGCACGAAGCCAUGGCCGCCAGGAGCUUCCCCAUCCGCUCCCCCAAGGAGCAGGAGUCCAACGCCGCCGUCAGAGAGGCUGUCCUACUCGGAGCAAAGAGCGCUGCAAUUGCUGGUACCGUGGUCGCGGUUCCCACGUUGGUUGGUUGCCGUUACCUCCCUUGGGCUAAGGCUAAUCUCAACUACACCGCACAAGCACUCAUCAUAUCGGCAGCCUGUGUUGCUGGCUUCUUCAUCACCGCUGAUAAAACCAUUCUACGGAACGCAAGACAAAACACCAUCGGGAAGCUUGACAAAUCAACUUGAUGCAGAGCCGUAGUUGUACGGUUCUCCAAUUGCAGCAAGGUUAAUGGGAGCGCAGGAAGUCGACCCUUGUUCCAUCCGUGGAUGUCAUCAUUACCUUUCACAAAACAAUAAUUUUUCGGCCUUUUGCUAUCAAAGCCUAAUCACAUACUGUGUUUUGCCUGAUGAAUCCAACCAGUCAGUUUGCUCCCAAUUUUAGGUUUAAUAAAAGAUGGUGGCGAUUUCGCAUGCCCGUGUGAGCUAUUUUAGUGUGUAAUGUGCAACAGGAAGACCUGCAUCCAGUAGGCUCUGUGUCUACUCUGUAAAUUGCCGUGUACACUUUGUGACCCAUUUUGUCAUUUGUGCUGUUAUUUAUAUUCAGGUAAAGUUCAAUUUACAGCCCUGAAC